CCCCCCCCCCCCCCCCCCCCGCCGCAAAAAUCUCGCUUAUAAACUUACACUCACCAUUUUCUUCGAAAAUAUAUGUGAGUUCCACAAAACAAGUUCCACCAAAAGUAUAAACAAAAUGAAAUCUAUAUGAAUAAACGUGAUUUUCAUAAUUAUUUUAGCCGACGGAUGCUUAUCAAUUUUUUACAAGCGGACAACAAAAACUUCAAAAAGGUUUACUUCGUGAAGGUUUUGAAUUAAUAUCUGAAGCACAUAAGUUAUUAAAUAAAGUCUAUGGACCAAUGCAUCCUGAAAUAUGUAUGUGUUUAAGAUUACUCGCACGGUUAAAUUAUAUUAUGGGAAAUUACCAAGAAGCACUUAUUACACAACGUAAAGCCGUUAUGAUGGCCGAACGAGUUUUAGGCAUUGAUCAUCCACAACCAGCAACAGAAUAUAUACAUAUCGCUUUAUAUUCAUUUGCAAAUGGCCUUUCAAUGAAUGCAUCGAAAUUACUUUGUCGUGCUCGUUAUAUUAUAUUAACAUGUUGUGGUGAAAAUCAUCCACAAAUUAGUCUUAUUGACAGCAAUCUUGGAUUGAUUCUACUAUCAUAUGGUGAUUAUGAAAAUGCACUGAACUUCUAUGGAACAAGAAGUCUUAAAGUGGCUCUCUCUCAUCAUCUUUGUGCACGUAUUCAAUCAUAUCGUGGAGAUUUUAGAUCAGCAUUGAACAGUGAACGUGAAGCUUAUCAAAUUUAUAAAUUACAACUUGGCGAUGAACAUGAACGUACACGUGAGAGUGCCCAAAUACUAAAACAUUUAACUGAACAAGCUGUUGUUUUACAAAAGCGAAUUAAUAAUGUUGUUAAUGGUCAAUUACUUGUCAUACCAAGUUUAACUAUUCAACAACCAAGUUUCCAAAGUGUGUUAGAAAUGUUGAAUGUUGUGAACGAAUUAGCUAAACAAUCGACUGAUGAUCAAAAGCUAUCGACACCUUCAACGACUACGAUAUCAGAGGUAGCUGAUCAAGCUGCAGCAUUAUUGAGUAAUGAAAUCGAUUAA